UCAAGCAUCCGCAGAUCGGCGAAAGCACACUGACGGAGUAAGGGUGUUGCUUGUUUUGCUGUUGCCGCCAGCGUCUUCAUAAGAUUUGUUGCUCGCCGCCAUGGUGCUGUCCUCGGUGCAUCAGGCUCUGGUCUCCGUCGUGCUGGUGCUUUGCAUUUUCGUGGUGAUGCCCAGGAUGUUCGGCGGAGGCGGGAGAGCCCCGCGGACUGGCAAGUCCUCACCUGGCCGUCGUGAUCCCCAUCAGCUCCGCCAUGGUGGACCUGAAGGAGUUACGUCACCACAGAUGAAUUCAGAAACUUCUGGAAGCAAAGCAACAUAUCAAAGCAUCCAGCAAAUGAGGAAUGCAAUGGAGAAGGAAUUGAAGGCUGAGCGGACUAGAGGGAAUGGCAAAGACUUUGCUUUAACACUGAUGCCCUUGUAUGCUGUUGGUGUAGGAGUGUUUGCGUUAUACAAAUUCUUAAAGAUGAAAUCUCAAGAGGAAAGUUUAUCCAGGAAAGAGAAAAAUACUGAAAACAAGACAAAUGCAACAGAACACCAGCUUCUGGAGUUGGAGCAACACCUAGCACAGACAGAGAAAAUGUUAAAUUCUUUAUUAACACAGUUAGAUCCACUUUCAAGCUGCAUUAAUGCUCUGGCUUCUGAACAGAAGGAUGAAAUCAUGGUGCAGCUUGAAUCUAUCAGGAAACUGAUGAAAGAAAGUGGAUUGGACAAAUCAGCAAUGAAAACACAAGAUACUAGCCAUACAUGCCAAGAAAAGCUUGAAGACCUUAUUCAGUCAUUCAGUGAACAUCCUGAGGCAGAGAUGUAUGAGGUGGGUGAUGAAAAAUGUGGGCGUGAAGUGCUAUUUGACAAUAUUGUGGAACACUCUGGUGACCAGGAGCAUAAGCACUGUGGUCAUGAGUUCUUACUUAGUCCAAUGGAAGAGCUGAAGAAGAUGGAAAUUGCUGGUGUAACUAAUCAAGAUGCAGCGAAACCAGAUACUGGAUUAAGAAGACGUAUUAAAAAUGAAUGAUAUAAAUUAGCAAAUUAUGAUGAAUGAUUGCACAUCUUAUAUGCACUUUUAAAUUAUUCUGAAACAGGUUCAUAUUUACUGUAGUAUGCUUUAAAAUCAAAAUGUUUAUGAAAUGUUUCUAUUCUGUAUAAACGUAUAUACACUUAGAGUCCUAUGUGAUAUUUCACUACAGUAUUAAGAUUUAUGAUAUUUUUGCAACUAUUAAAGUUGAGGAAUG